AUGGAUUCGUCGCGUGAACACUCUGUGCUCGGUUCGAGAAGGGGUUUAUCAAUUCGUCCAAUUUAUACGCAUAUUGGCAGCUCUAAUGUCCGACCAAAGCGGCCCCCUCGACCGGAUGACGAACCAGAUCGAGAGACUCCGGGUGAUAAAUCUCUUCUCAAGUCGGAAAGCUCAAAGACCUCUUUGAAGAGCUUGUUCUCACGCAACAAGACAAAUCGUCAUGCUAACCAUGAACAAACCCUCCCUGCUAUCGCAGAAUCUCAGAGGAUUAUGGAUGCGAGCAUAAUACCAGAUUAUAUUUCUUCCACAAGCCCAUCAACCAUCCUACACACACCUAAAUCGUCGGCUCCGUUAUCGUCACCUUCCCUAGGAAAACCAGGUCCUAACAAAGCUCAAAAAUCUUCCAAAUUCUUAAAGGAAAAAAACCAAAAAAUCUCUAAAACAACUACAUCUUGGGAUCCUCCUCCGCUGUUCCAAGCUUAUCCACAGGCAAUCAAACAGGGCAUUCUUUCUGCUCCUACGGUUUCCGCGGAAUCUAUUUUACGGAUUACUAGCCACCGGAGAAAUAAUCCUAUAAAGGAUGGCUUUUCAGAUAUUGAUGCUGAUGACGAAAGAAUCGCGUCGACUAGUUCCAAGAAGCGGAAAGACGAGAAGGGCAAGAAGCAUUCACGCGGAUCAGGAUCCAACAACAAAUUUGAAUGGACACAGAAGAUUUUCAUUCUUGUCACAAGUGGUUAUCUUUUGCAAUAUCCAGGCGAAGGGAACUUCGAUCGCCUACCUGAUAAAAUGAUGGAGCUUGGUAAAAAUUCUGUGGCCUUUGCUAGUGACGCUAUCCCUGGGAAACACUGGGUGCUACAGAUUUCACAAACGCUCGACGAGGACGGAUCAGUGACUUUGGAUACCAAAAAGACUUUCCUCUCUCGCUUCGGUUUUACCGAUUCUCGAAGACAGACAAAGUCUCUACUUUUGGUUUGCGAUAGCCCGGAGGAGAUGACAUCCUGGCUUGCAGCUGUGAGACGAGAGAUCGAAGCCCUAGGGGGAAAGGAAUAUGUGCCCGAAACACCACUAGAACCUCCAAAUGGGAGUUUUCAGCAUCCCCAAACUCAUCGACAAUCUGUGAUGCCUGACAAAAUCCCAUCGGUCCCCAUUCCCAUGGCAAGUAGGGAAUUUACUAAGUCCUCUCCUACCAUUUCGGCACCGAUUAUACCAGAAGAACCCAAGGAGGAAAAUAAGCUUCUUGACAACAAAGCAGCUGAUGAAACUUCCAAAAGGUCAACAAACCGGCUAUCUACAUGUCGACAGUCGAUUGAAGCGCCUUCAUCUUCAACUACGGGAACGAUUACCGAUCUAGAUCGGCUACGAGAAGGGUCGAGGUUAUCCUACGUUUCCAAUGGGACAAGGACGAUACCAAGCUCGAGAGCUUCUUCCCCGGGACGGUCUCCUGCCAGACCCACCGGUGUUGUGCCUAAUCCGGGAUUUGCCGAAUCCCCAAGUAGCAUUAGGAGCACCCUUACGGACUCGGGUAGCAAACUCCUGUCUGCUCAUGCGUAUCCUGCAAUCCAGUCAGACGGUAGUGGUUCUGACAACAAUGGGUCUCGCUUCCCUUCGAUUGUUGGACCACUGAAUACCGCAACUUCAUCUCCUCCCAAUUUCAGCGUACCGGUUUUCAAAAGAUUCUCAGCAUCCUCCCAUUCUGCAGCCCAUCUAUCGUCUCGAAAAUUUCAACAUCAAGUCUCCCCUCCCCCUUCUCCUCGUCUAAUUAGACCUAACUCCCGAAACCACCUUUCUUGCUUGGACGACAUUGUAGCAGCUCCGCAGUUGAUGAAUGGGCAUGCAGAAUCAAAUAAAUCAUGUAAGGAAACCGACAUUUCCCAACAUCCCGUUCCGUUUAUAUUUGAUCCAAACGUCCCUUCGCGUACUGCUCCAUCUCAAAAGUCCAGAGAAAUCAGAUCAAGGCGGUAUUCAUCCUUCGAGUCGUCGUUCCGCAGCACCUAUAGCUUAGCCUCAGAUUAUCGCCCAAAACUUUCACCAGUAACCAACGAAAGCAGCGAAGACGGACACAAGAGCGACGCCUUAUCACAACACAGUGGCGCACAAGCAUUAAACAAGAAUUUCAACCACAUAUCUGCAGCUGCAAAUACCGAGACCAAACAAUUACGCCGGCCGACCAGCAUGCAAAUCGGAUCCGAAGCCCGUCGCCGAUCAUCAUCUGUCAAUGCUCCUCAAACUGGUACGCAGAAGGAAUUCUCGUCCCCGGAGAUAAGAUUCUUCUCCUCUUCCUUCAACUCUUCCUCCUAUCGACAGGGCAGAGCGCAACUAGCACACCCAGAGGUUAUAUUGGAUACUUCCCCACCAGCUAACCACAACCACAACCACAACCACAUCCCGACCUCCUGUCUCCGAAAUUCGUUGCAUAAAAGCACGUCCCACCUCUCCCUAGGCCCACCCGUCGCUCCUCCACCAGACUGCCCCUUGCCAAAAGUGCCACCCAAAGUCCCAUCUCAGUUCAGUCACGCAUGGAAGCAUGAUCAAUCCCCGCUAUUGGCACCAGGUCGUAGUGAAGCUGUCGGGCACAGAGACAGAUCCAGGUCUAAAUCCAGGUCUGGAACUAGAACUGGCCCAGAUGAGAGCAAGGAGGCCCAAACAACGCCAAUUUUACCGGUUGAUUUGCGGGAUGCGGAGACUUCUUCGCAUCUGAGUGGGAUGACGCCGAAAGAAUAUAGUAUGGUCAAUGCGUUUUAA